AUGGCAAAUCUUGGCCGUUCAAAAACGAACUUGGAGAGCCUUAUGGACAGGGACAAACCUGUGAAGAAUGGUGUUCCGCUGCAACCUCGGAACAUGAUCCCUGGCCAUGGCCUGGAGUUCAAGAACCUCUCUUACAGCGUGAUAAAGAAGCAGAAGAAAGAUGGUGCUUCGAUCAAGAAAGACGUUUAUCUUCUUAAUGAUAUCUCUGGCCAAGCAAUGAGAGGAGAAAUCAUGGCUAUUGUCGGACCAAGUGGUGCUGGAAAAUCAACAUUUCUUGAUGCCUUGGCUGGACGGAUUGCUCAAGGAAGCUUAGAAGGUUCUGUUAGGAUUGAUGGAAAGCCGGUUACUACAAGCUACAUGAAGAGGAUUUCUUCUUAUGUGAUGCAAGAUGACCAACUCUUUCCUAUGUUGACUGUCUUUGAGACUUUUUUGUUUGCUGCUGAGGUUAGGUUACCACCUUCCAUCUCCACGAAUGAAAAGAAAAAACGAGUUCAUGAGCUUCUAGACCAACUUGGCUUGCAGAGUGCAAUACAUACAUACAUUGGUGACGAGGGAAGGAGAGGAGUCUCAGGAGGAGAAAGGCGCAGAGUUUCCAUUGGAAUUGACAUCAUCCAUAAACCAUCACUGUUGUUCCUUGACGAGCCAACCUCUGGACUGGACUCAACAAGUGCUUACAGUGUGGUGGAGAAGGUUAAGGACAUAGCUCGAGGAGGUAGCGUUGUCCUUAUGACCAUCCAUCAGCCUUCAUUUCGCAUUCAAAUGCUGUUGGACCGAAUCACAGUCCUUGCAAGGGGAAGAUUGAUCUACAUGGGUAGCCCUGUAGGACUCCCUGCUCACCUGGCCGGCUUCGGGAGACCAGUCCCAGAAGGCGAGAACAACCUCGAGUAUCUCCUGGAUGUCAUCAAGGAGUACGACGAAUCAACCGUGGGACUAGAGCCCCUUGUGUUGUACCAGCGUGAUGGCAUAAAACCUGGUCAAGUAGCAAGAACUCCAAUGCCGAAGCCACCUAAAACCCCAAGACUAACACCUUACAGACAAAGCACCCCCGCUUCAAAGCACAUGAUCAGCCUUCGCAGCCAAGGUUUCUCCUCGUCCGGCAACAUGACACCUCGACUGGACUCCUUUGGGCAGUUCAGCUACAACGAGGACGAUGAUGAGGAUGUGGACUUCGACAACUCCUUGGAGCGCAGAGCAUCUCGUACUCCUAUGUUGCAAAGUGGGGUUUAUAACGCCAAUCCUCGUUUGGCUUCUCAAUUCUACAGGGACUUUUCUCUUUGGGUUUACCAUGGUGUAAAAGGAACACCGCGUCGUCCUCCAUCGUGGACACCAGCAAGAACACCGGGACAGACACCGGGGAAAAUGCCAUUUUCUGGUGCAAGAAGCUUCAUCUCAGGCCAGUAUCCAACACCCCAAGUUAACCAUUCUCGAGCUAGAACCCCUUCAGCCUACAAUAGCUCCUCCAUUGAUACUUACUUACCUUCAUUCAAUGAAUACGAAGAAUACGAGGUAGAAGAAGAACUCGAUGAGCCCGAUUUAGGGCCAAAAUACUCAAAUCCAUGGCUCAGAGAAGUUGCAGUCUUGUCAUGGCGAUCAGCUUUGAAUGUCAUUCGAACACCAGAGCUAUUCCUCUCGCGAGAAAUAGUACUGACAGUAAUGGCACUAAUUCUCUCGAGCCUUUUCAAAAAGCUAAAUCAGAACACUUUCAAGGACAUCAACAAGCUUCUUAACUUCUACAUCUUCUCAGUCUGCCUAGUCUUCUUCUCCUCAAAUGAUGCGGUUCCAACCUUUAUCCUCGAACGUUUCAUCUUCAUCCGAGAGACUUCACACAACGCUUACCGAGCCUCAUCAUACGUGAUCUCGUCACUCAUUGUCUACCUCCCCUUCUUCGCAAUUCAGGGCUUAACUUUUGCAGUCUUGACAAAGUAUAUACUUGACCUCCGAAGCAACCUCUUCAGAUUUUGGAUAAUCCUCUACGCUUCUCUCAUCACCACCAAUGCUUAUGUCAUGCUUAUUAGUGCUCUUGUGCCGAGUUACAUCACCGGUUAUGCUGUCGUGAUCGCGACUACCGCUCUGUUUUUCUUGACUUGUGGGUUCUUCUUGAAGAGAUCAAAGAUUCCUCCUUACUGGAGAUGGCUUAAUUAUGUCUCUGCAAUCAAAUAUCCGUUUGAGGCACUGUUGACGAAUGAGUUCAAAGGGACAAGAUGCUACAACGGGUUUCCUCAGGAUCUCUCUCCGGGUGCUCUUGGAGAUGUGAGGAUCAGUGCUUUGCACAAUGACACGUUACUACAACCACCAUGCAUGUUGAUCGGAGAAGAUGUUCUGUUCACGAUGGAUAUUAAAAAGGAGAGCAUUUGGUUGGAUGUUGUAGUUUUGCUUGCUUGGGGUGUUCUUUACCGGCUGCUUUUCUAUGUGGUGCUCAGAUUCUAUUCCAAGAAUGAGAGGAAAUGA